AUGUAUACGACCAUUCAAGCACCGCUAGAGCAAGGCGGCUCGGCGCUUGCGGGCAACUCGACAAAGAUGGGCAUCAAAGCAAUCACUCAUGUUGAAAGCUAUACUCCACGAAAGCUUUCAGAUGACCUCCCUUCUAUCAUGCUCCCUAAGCCCAUGGUCCACCCUCACACCCCACCAGAGUCUACAUCAAGCAGUCCACGACUAACACUGGAGGGCCCCUUCCCAAGCAUCUCGAGAGAUUGUUCUCCUCUUCGCAGUAUUUCUUCUUUUGGCAGUCCAAGAAAUAAUUCACUUGUACGGCUCCCCAGCCUCGAGGAAUUCGAUCUUGGUGUUGAAGCUCUUGCAAGAUCAUAUGGUCCUGCUCGUCCUUACACGCCUCCGUCGCCACUUCGCAGCCUGAGACGAACCUCACUCCUCCCUCAGCCCUUGCCCUCGCUGCAGGCAUACGUUUCUCAGGAUCAUUAUGCCCCCUACCACAUGAAUGACGCCUACGUACAUGGCGUCUCUGCAUUAGACGGCUAUCCUAGCCCUCCCCCAGAUGGCGAGAAUAGGCACAUCAACCAAAAGUAUACCACCGAAGAAGGGGAUUUUAUCAUCUACGCCUGGCACGACAAGAAGUUGAAGUGGCAGCGUAUCAAGCAGGAUUUCGCCGCCAUGUUUGGACGAACGCCCGAGAGAACCGUUCAAGGUCUUCAAGCUUGGUACUACCGCAUGAACCAGAGGAUUCCACUUUGGGAUCAGGAUGGCUGGUUGAUCUUUGAUAACGAGGAUGACUUGGAGCCCAAACACAUCAGCAUCAAGUGUCGUGAAAGAGACAGUCAGGACAAGCCCAUGGAGCCUCUUGGCCUUGCCCAACGUUAUCCCGAGCGCGCUAUUCACUAUUCCUGGGUUGAUCCUGAACUGAAGCGAAAGUGUCAAGACUGGGGUAAGCUGAUCUAUGCUCUGACCCACAAACGUACUUCGCAAAACAUACUGACAUUUGUUCCAUAG